AUGGUCCGCAGCUCCUUGGACUUUAUCACCGCUGCGCUCCAGCCUCCCGGUAAUGGGCUGUCAACCGUUGGUCAACCACCGGUCAGAUCACCGUCGCCCUCUGCGCGCGUUACCCCGACGGCCGACGCUGCCACUGGGGGUGACCCCCACUGCCAUUUGCACGGUAGCCCUUCAGGUGGCCCUUUGUCGUCGCGGGGAAUUUGGGCUCGAAGUUAA